AUGGCUCCUCCUUCCAGGUCGACCACGCACUUGCCCCGUUUCCGCUCGUCUCUCUGGUUCCCGAUGGACUACCAAGUCCUCCCUCAACGACUGCAGGUGCGAGAUGCGAACUGGCCGCUGUAUACGGGUCACCGAGCGGUCCGGGUCAUGGCGGCGCUAGGUGACGGAACCUACGCCGUCUCUCCCAACGCCGACUACGUUCCCUCUCCUCCUCCUGGUCCCCAAGAUCGAGAAGAAAUCCUCUCCAACGGGCGACGAGGAGUAUUUGAGCCGGGAUACCACCCUCAGGAAUGGAGGCGCGCCAGAGGACACUGGCCGUUCAUCCACGGCGUCCCUCCCGGGGCGGAAGGCAUCGAUCCCGCCUACGUCCUCUUGGACUGCAAGCGCGGAAGCCUCCAAGGUACCUUCCGCCUGUUCUCCUCCCAGAGCGGGAAAGGCAAGUCGGACCCCGCCUUCAUACAGGCUCUGACUAGCCUGUACGACGCAGAGCUCCAGCAAGCGGAAGGUUUCCUCUCCCAGGACCCGGAUCCGCCGUCCUCUUUCAUCCUCCGACCCGACGACGUGAAAGAGGCGAGGUACCAGUUUGAGUACAUAGACUCCAACCUCGAAACGGCCCGCGGCAAUGUGGCAAUCAUCCAGCGCCACCUGCUGGAGUUAAGGGCCUACUCGUACCGGUCCUACCUCCUGCAGACCUUUAACGAAGGACGCCUUGCGACGCCUUCCCCCCACCUCACGGGUAUCGGCUGCUGGGUUCGUAGCUCCGACGAGGAUCUUAUGAAGCGUCUGGUCUGGUGUGGGAUCCCGGUUUGGUACAUCCGCCGCGACGGCCCUCCCUCGAACCAACUGCUCCUGCGAGUGAGCUCGCUCGAUAAACGACUGUCGACGGAGCUAUGGGACGACGAGGAACACGGCCCUCCUCGAGAAAAGAAUAAGAAAUCCUCGCGCCGCGAGAAACAGCUCGAGGCUGACUUCCUGUCCGCGGAGGAGGACUCGGAUUUUGACUGGGAAAAGUCCCAUGGUCUGCGUCGACCCCCUCCCGUCGCUGGACCUUCCCUUCCCACGACGCGUCCCCCCGCUCCUCAGACUACCGUCGAUCCCUUCGCCGCCCUCUCCAACAUCGCCGAAGAGGAAGGAUGGGUCAACCAGUCCUACGUCAACCAUGCUCAGCUUUCCUCGCCCCCGAGGAGCUCGCCCGAUCGUAACAGAAGGAUGAUCGUCACUCCUCCUCCAAGAGUCGACUCGCCCAUGAUCAUUGGUUCCCCUCCUCCUCGAGAGAGGAUCGAGUCCCCGACGCGUCCCCCGCAAAGGAUCUCAUCGACGGUCCCAAACCAGCCGGACAAAGGCAAGAGGCGAGCGUCUCCACCGCCAAGCCAGCCCGUGCCGCUCCCUCCACUUCCUCGCCGAAGGUCCCCUCCCCGUCUCCCGGCUUCUACUCGUCGUCCCCGCUCGCCUCGCCGCCAUCGCUCCCCUCCAGGCCGCCACCCAUCUCCCCCUCCUAUCCCGCGCCGCGAACGUACUCCCGUUCCCUCAGAGCGUUCUUCUCGUCGCCGCUCCCGCUCGCCCUCUCCUCGUCGGGGACGUCCUCGAGAACGUCGGUCCGAGCAAUCUCGAUCACCCCGGAGAUUACACCUCUCCCCGGUGCGGUACACUCCCCGCUGGAUGAACCGCCCCCCUUCCUCGCAAAGGAUUGACUUCGACGAACGUCGUCGAGCCAAUCGGAGGGAGGAGGUGAUUCGUCCCCCGGCACGAACUCGGGAAAGGAGUCCGGUGCCUAGUCGGCGUUCGCGCAGCCCCGCGUCGCCCAACGAGCCCCGGGCCUCCUUCAGGCCGCCGAGUCCUCCCCCGGCAGCGUCGUCGCUACCCCUUGAGCAGAGGCUGGCCCCUCCUACCUCGGAGCCGCCCAGACGACCCCUACUGGAGAGGUUGGAAGCCGCCAGCCUGCUCUCUAGGUUGGGCCCCUCGAGCAGUACGGCCCCCGUGGAAGGAGACUCGAGCGAAGUGGUAGCCCGCGCCGGAGCGUCACUCUUCGAGCGACUGGGACUACCCCUCGAGAAUCGGAUCACUGACGUAUCUCCUCUCACUCCCCCCGCACCUCCGGUCGUCCUACCCCCCGCGGACUUACACACGGUCAGCCUGCCCUCGGGAGUUCCUUUGAGGACCAGGCUUCCUCUGUACUCAGCCGCCGCGGUGGACGAGUAUAUUCAUCAUCCCUUCGAACGCGACGGGGGUGGACAUACCCUUCGACUUGAAGGAGAGGACGAACUGGGCCCGGCGCCGACUUUUACGCAGGAUGCGAAGACCCCGGUACCCUCCCCUCAACUCUUGCUAGCAGAGGGCGAUGAAGGUUAUCUGGCUACGAUAACCUGGCUACAAAACCGAGGGCCGUGCCUCCUACGAUUGGAAAGAAAGCCGGAGAACUGGUUACUACGGAACAACCGCCAAUGGAGAUCUAAUCUCCGCGGUCCUCCCGACUUGGUGCGAGCGGCCAGGAACGAUUCGACGCGCCCCUUGCCGGACGACGCUGUUAGCCCGUUGCGCAACCCUCUUCCGAACGAGAGGGAGAAUGAAAUCUGGAGGCUGAGGACCUUCUUGUUCAGGUACAACUUCGAGCGACUGGCUGCGAGGUUGCUACCGAGUCUACAAGCUGCCACCACGGACGCGGCCAGGGGGGCUGUUUGGGCCGGGGUACGGGACCGUAUACGACGGGUAUGGGGGGCGGGAGCAACGCUGUACCCCGCUGUCGAUGAACCACGAUACUUCGACAGUGACGACGACGCCGUACGCAUGAGACAUUGGUUCGCAAUCAGACGUCUCAUGCUCGAAUGGAACCUAAGGGAGGAUAUCGCUCAAGACUUGCGACUCGCGAUGGGGGGCACUGUUAUGGAUGCGGUAGAACGCAUCAAAGCGGCGUACGCUAACGUGUAUAGGAACACCUACGAGAAUCGCGACCCGCAAGUAUUCGUUCCUCGUCCAUAA